CAGUUCUCAGCUCUGACAGAAGUGCUUUUCCAGUUCCUGACAGAGCCCAAGGAGGCGGAAAGGUUUCUGGCUCAGCUCUCUGAAUUUGCUGCCACCAAUCAGAUCAGCCUUGGCCCCCUCAGAAGCAUCGUCAAAAGCCUCCUUCUAGUUCCGAAUGGUGCCUUGAAGAAGAGUCUCACGGCCGAGCAGGUGCAGGCGGAUUUCAUAACCCUGGGUCUUAGCGAGGAGAAAGCCACUUACUUUUCUGAAAAGUGGAAACAGAAUGCCCCUGCCCUUGCUCAGUGGGCAGUGGGUCAGACCUUGAUGGUUAACCAGCUUGUUGACAUGGAAUGGAAGUUUGGAGUAACAUCUGGGAGCAGUGAAUUGGAGAAAGUGGGAAGUAUUUUUUUACAGUUAAAGUUGGUGGUUAAGAAAGGAAAUCAGAUUGAAAAUUUGUAUAUGGAAUUAACCUUGCCUCAGUUCUACAGUUUCCUGCACGAGAUGGAGCGAGUCAGAGCCAGCAUGGAGUGUUUGAGCUGACUCCUGUCCCAGCAGCCCCCUGGUCCCUUCACUUCCCUCCUGCAGGCCCUGGGUGCUCCACGCUGUCCUCUGGCUUCUUCGGAGCCCAGGUGCGAAAGGUUUCUGAAAAACAACAGGAUUAAGUACUUAAGGAGCCCUACACACCUUCUCCGAAACUCCUUGUUAAGGGAACCACCACACCACCACCUACCUCCCAGGAUAAGGUUUAGAUUUUCUGACAGGCUAUUGUAUCUCAGAUUCACUGGUGCAAAUAAAACUUCUAAAGUAAA